CGUCUCCUCCACCUGUUGUUUGAAGGCUGCCACGCUCUCAACAGUGUGUAUACGAAGUCGUACUCGCUGAUAGUCUUCCCCCUUUCACUUCUCAUUUUAUUCGAUCAAAUUCGAGCUAAUUUGCAAUGGAAACAAAGGCGAAUUUCUUCUAUGAAUCUCACCUUUUCACUCCGAACUCGGGGAUUCCAUCGAUAAUCCUUAAAUCGAGUGUCAAGUUUUCUCAGUCUUCAAAACUCAGCUCGUUAGGGACCCAAGGGAGCUCUGCUAAGCCAGGGUUCCGGAAAAGUCAGUGCGUGCUUGCUUCAAAUUCAAUGUCGAGGGGCCUAUCUUACGAGUCUUCUUCGACUGUUCAAGGAGAUAUACAGAAAGAGAGUUCCGGCUCUGUCAGUCCCGUCUACGUGCCGACGCCUCCGAAUCGGGAGCUUCGAGCUCCUCACAGCGGGUACCAUUUUGAUGGAAGUACUAGGAAAUUUUUUGAGGGUUGGUACUUCAAGGUCUCAAUCCCUGAACGGAGGCAGAGUUUCUGUUUUAUGUAUUCUGUGGAGAACCCUGCUUUUCCAAAAAAACUAACAGCAUUGGAAGUGGCACAGCGUGGACCCAGAUUUACCGGAGUUGGGGCUCAAAUUCUGGGCGCAAAUGACAAGUAUAUUUGCCAAUACUCAGAAGAAUCUCAGUACUUUUGGGGAAGCAGACAUGAACUAAUACUAGGGAAUACUUUUGUUGGCGAAAAAGAAUCAAAGCCUCCAUACAAGGAGGUCCCUCCUCAGGAAUUCAAUAAAAGAGUGUUAGAAGGUUUCCAAGUCAGCCCACUUUGGCAUCAAGGUUUCAUUUGUGAUGAUGGCAGGUCAAAUUAUGUGGAUACUGUGAAGACUGCUCGUUGGGAGUACAGUACCCGCCCUAUAUAUGGCUGGGGUAAUGUUGGGUCCAAACAGAAGUCCACAGCAGGCUGGCUUGCAGCAUUUCCUGUUUUUGAACCCCAUUGGCAAAUAUGCAUGGCAGGCGGACUGUCAACAGGUUGGAUAGAGUGGGAUGGUGAAAGGUUUGAAUUUCAAAAUGCCCCUUCGUAUUCCGAAAAGAAUUGGGGUGGAGCAUUCCCAAGAAAAUGGUUUUGGGUUCAGUGUAAUGUAUUUGAAGGUGCUACUGGAGACGUUGCUCUCACUGCAGGUGGUGGGUUGAGGCAACUACCUGGACUGACAGAGAAUUUUGAAAAUGCUGCAUUGGUUGGAGUCCACUAUAAUGGAAUUUUCUAUGAAUUUGUGCCAUGGAAUGGCGUUGUUAACUGGGAAAUUGCCCCUUGGGGUAACUGGUACAUGGCUGCAGAGAAUCGGACACAUAAGGUUGAAUUGGAGGCAACAACAACAGACCCUGGUACUACACUGCGUGCUCCAACAGCAGAAGCUGGGCUUGCUCCAGCUUGUAAAGAUUCUUGUUUUGGUGUCCUAAGAUUACAACUUUGGGAAAAGAGAUACGAUGGCAGUAAGGGGAAGAUCAUAUUGAAUGUUACAAGUAACAUGGCGGCAGUUGAAGUUGGAGGGGGACCAUGGUUCAACGCAUGGAAGGGUGAGACCUCUACACCGGAGCUCCUUAGUCAAGUUAUUGGGGUUCCAGUUGAUGUGGAGGGGAUCUUCAAUUAUGUUCCUUUCUUUAAACCGCCUGGUCUUUAGCACUAACUGCUAAAUGCUCUGUUUUGGGGAAAAGAUGCAUUUCUUUAACUACAAGAGGAAGAUGAUUUAGCCGACAGAUUUGACCAUAUUUUGAUGUUGAGGGGAGAAAAGUUUCAAGUAAUGAUAGAGCUGUGGACUUGAUUGUAA